AUGCUGCGUUGCCACACACCACCGCAAUGCGGCCGCGCGCCGCUCCGCCACCACGGAACGCGGGAGUUGCCUCCGGCGGCGGCGGCGCCCGGGGUGGUGGUGCGGUGCGCGCGGGGUGCGCCGCAGGUGUCCGGGAUCGAGGCGGCGUCGCCAGGCCACGCGGCUGCUGCCACGGCGGCGGCGGCUAAAGCGGAAAGGGGUGACGCGCGGCCCAGCCUGGCCGAGCGGCUGCGGCUGGGGAGCCUCCUGGAGGACGGGCUCUCGUACAAGGAGAGCUUCAUCGUGCGCUGCUACGAGGUGGGCAUCAACAAGACGGCCACCGUCGAGACCAUCGCCAAUCUCCUCCAGGAGGUAGGAUGCAGCCAUGCACAAAGUCUUGGGUUCUCCACUGAUGGCUUCGCCACGACCACUUCAAUGAGAAAGCUCGGGCUUAUUUGGGUGACGAACCGAAUGCACAUUGAGAUCUACAAGUACCCAGCUUGGGGUGAUGUUGUUGAGAUCGAAACAUGGUGCCAAGCAGAUGGAAGAAUUGGUACUCGUCGUGAUUGGAUCCUCAAGGACCUGGCUAAUGGUGAAGUUAUUGGCAGAGCUACCAGCAAGUGGGUCACGAUGAACCAAAAUACACGGAGACUUCAGCGAGUCAGUGACGACGUGAGGGAUGAGGUGUUUAUACAUUGUCCAAAGACUCCAAGAUUAGCAUUCCCAGAGGAAAAUAAUGGCAGUUUGAAGAAGAUUCCGAAUCUUUCAGAUCCUGCACAAUAUUCAAGACUUGGACUAGUGCCAAGAAGAGCUGAUCUGGACAUGAACCAACAUGUCAAUAAUGUUACUUACAUUGGUUGGGUCCUCGAAAGUAUACCUCAAGAUAUAAUUGAUACACACGAGUUACAAACAAUCACUCUCGACUAUAGGAGAGAAUGUCAAUAUGAUGACAUAGUUGAUUCGCUUACGAACAUAGAGGAAAGAGAGGAGAAAAGCAUGAACGGUUCUGCUUCUGCAGCGCCUCACAAAGAAGAGCGGCAGCAGUUCCUGCAUUGCUUGAGAUUUGCUGCCAAUGGGGACGAGAUCAACCGUGGCCGUACCGUGCGGGAGUCGCCUCAGGCGGCGGCGCCCGGGGUGGUGGUGCGGUGCGCGCGGGGUGCGCCGCAGGUGCCCGGGAUCGAGGCGGCGUCGCCGGGCCACGCGGCUGCCACGGCGGCUAAGGCGGAAGGGGGUGACGCGCGGCCCAGUCUGGCCGAGCGGCUGCGGCUGGGGAGCCUCCUGGAGGACGGGCUCUCGUACAAGGAGAGUUUCAUCAUGCGCUGCUACGAGGUGGGCAUCAACAAGACGGCCACCAUCGAGACCAUCGCCAAUCUCCUCCAGGAGGUAGGAUGUAACCAUGCACAAAGUGUUGGGUUCUCCACUGAUGGCUUUGCCACAACUACUACAAUGAGAAAACUUGGACUUAUUUGGGUGACGAACCGAAUGCACAUUGAGAUCUACAAGUACCCAGCUUGGGGCGAUGUUGUUGAGAUUGAAACAUGGUGCCAAGAAGAUGGAAGAAUUGGUACUCGUCGUGAUUGGAUCCUCAAGGACCUGGCUAAUGGUGAAGUUAUUGGCAGAGCUACCAGCAAAUGGGUCAUGAUGAACCAAAAUACACGGAGACUUCAGCGAGUCAGUGAUGACGUGAGGGAUGAGGUGUUUAUACAUUGUCCAAAGACUCCAAGAUUAGCGUUCCCAGAGGAAAAUAAUGGCAGUUUGAAGAAGAUUCCGAAUCUUUCAGAUCCUGCACAAUAUUCAAGACUUGGACUAGUGCCAAGAAGAGCUGAUCUGGACAUGAACCAACAUGUCAAUAAUGUUACUUACAUUGGUUGGGUCCUCGAAAGUAUACCUCAAGAUAUAAUUGAUACACACGAGUUACAAACAAUCACUCUCGACUAUAGAAGAGAAUGUCAACAUGAUGACAUAGUUGAUUCGCUUACUUACAUAGAGGAAGGAGAGGAGAAAAGCAUGAACGGCUCUGCUUCCGCAGCGCCUCACAAAGAGGAGCAGCAGCAGCAGUUCCUGCAUUGCUUAAGAUUUGCAGCCAAUGGGGACGAGAUCAACCGUGGCCGUACCGUGUGGAGGAAGCUAGCUAGAUAA